CUUAACUGCAAAAUAUAUAAAUACACUUCUACCGUCUCCUUCUCCGUUAACGAAAUUCACAACAUAGCCCUUCAAUUUUCACUAGGGUUCAAUUCUCUACCCAAUCCAAAAAUCGCCAUGAAACUAGCUUCACUAGACAGUGUGACAAAUGCUCACGACGAUUCCAUUUGGUCGGCGGCGUGGGUCCGGUCGACGGAGGAAUAUCCGGCGUUACUUCUCACCGGAGGUCUUGACGAAACUGUGAGGUUAUGGGACCCGAGUAACUUCACUUGUGUUCAAACUUUCACCGGUCAUUGUCUCGGCGUUGUAUCUGUUGCUACACAUCCUACUCGUAGAAUUGCUGCAUCUGCUUCUAUAGAUAGCUUUAUUAGAGUUUUUGAGGUUGAUACUAAUAACACUAUUGCUACUCUCGAAGCUCCUCCUUCUGAAGUCUGGCAAUUGCAAUUUAGUCCAAGUGGUAGCAAUCUGGCAGCAGCUGGAGGUGGUAGUUCAUCAGUCAAGGUGUGGGAUACUAAUCGGUGGGAACUUGUUACCACAAUGUCCAUUCCUCGUCAAGGAGCCCCACAACCAUCUGAUAAAAGCACCAACAAGAAAUUUGUCCUUUCAGUUGCAUGGAGUCCUGAUGGUAGGCUUCUUGCUUGUGGAUCAGUUGAUGGGACUAUUUCUGUUUUUGAUGUAGCUCGCGCCAAGUUCCUUCACUUCUUAGAUGGCCAUACCAUGCCUGUUCGUUCUCUCGUGUUUUCACCUUCACUUCACGACUCAAGAAUACUCUUCUCAGCAUCAGAUGAUGGUCAUGUGCAUAUGUAUGAUGCGGAGGGGAAAACAUUGCUCACGUCUUUAUCGGGUCAUGCAAGUUGGGUUCUGAGUGUUGAUACCUCUCCAGACGGGGCAGCAAUUGCAACGGGGUCAAGUGACAAGACGGUUAGGCUAUGGGAUCUUAAGAUGAGAGCGGCUACGCAAACUUUAACCAACCAUACAGAUCAGGUUUGGGCUGUGGCUUUUGGACCAACAUCAAGGACUGAUGUUAGGUCCUGUAUGCUUGCAAGUGUGUCUGAUGACAAGAGUUUAUCAUUCUAUCAGUACUCUUAACAGUUGCAGUCAAAUAUCAAGAAAAUACUUGACUUAUUUUCGAAUUUGAUUUAAUAUAAAUAUUUUCAUUACAUAAUGAUAGAAUUUGAAGUUCUUAAGCCCUUUAA